AUGCUUUCUUUCAAACUGUUCAUCGGCGCGCUCGCUCUUGUGUCUCGCCCAUGUCUUAUCCAAGCACAGGUUGACAUCGCAGCAGUCGCCUCUGCAGGCCCACCGCCGCAACCUAGAGUCCAGACCAAUGUUCCCUCACAGACCGUAAAAUACGAUCAUGUGGCUGCUGAAACCGCUGCUGCCGCUGAGCAGAGCGCGGAGGCCAAUGAGCCGGACGUGCAAAGGCGAGACGCCUGUGAUCCACAGUGGUUGGGACAUGGACCAAUUCCAACUCCUGACACUGCGGAAGCAUUCGUCUCAUACGCCUCCUUCAGCUCCGCCGCUCUAGCAGCUCCAACACCGACGGGCUACACGAACACUUUCAAGGAUCUCAACGCUAUGAAUAAUGCCCUGGGAUACAUGGGCUUCACUUUGCUGGAUACCUACGACGUGACAGCUUGUUCUCAGAAGUGCGAUGCUAUCGACGGUUGUGCUGCGUUUAAUGUCGCAUUCGAACGUUCGCCGUCAAAGGACCCUUCGCCCUCUGGUGGAGCUUACGAGCAGCCUGAUACCACGACAUUCAUCAAGUGCGUUUUCUGGGGCGGUCCAGUCACGCAGGCGAAUGCUGUGAAUGAUGGCCAGUGGCGUAACAACUACCACGUAGUGAUUGCUGGAUCGAAUGGAUACGUGAACAAGACGGUGGAUGCCGCUCCAGGCUUCACGGGGCCAAACUUCUUAGGCUCCAAGGCUUUCGACCCACCGAACGAUUGCAACAACCUCAGCAGUCUUAUGGGAAGUCAAUACUGGAACGACGGGCAGCCAUACGACACACGUCGUUGUGCUGCUGCCUGCACUGCUCAGACUGAGGCUGACCCAAGUUCGCCUUGUCGCUUCUUCAACACUUUCGUCAUCUCGAGCAAUGGACUGUCUCAGGGGCAGUACUGCUCUUUGUACUCCCAAGCUUGGGAAGAGUCACAUGCUACAUUGAACCAGAUUCCGUUCAAUGGGGACAACUACACUAUCUCGUAUAGCUAUUACUUCACAGAUUCCGAGAGCAAUGGCUUGCCUUGCAACGUCACGGAGACACCUACGCAGCCGAGCAGUACCUCCACUCAGACUUCCGAGCCCACAGCAACGUCGACGGAUACUCCUGAUCCUGGUCCACCCCUGACGCCCCCAAGUGAUUGUCAAGCUCUAUGGGUACUGGACAACAUCGAUCAGGGCGGCUACAACGCAGCAGGCACGCCGUUUUCAGCUCACAUCACCUGCGGCACACUCAACCAGACAUUCGUCCGCGUCUACAAAGAUGGAGCUGUGUACCCUGAUGCUUACUACACUGUGAGCGACACCAGCAUUUCCUUCACAGACGGACUGGCACCUGGUCAUGCCACCUUAGUUCUCAUGGCGCUGGAUACCAACGGGUACCCCUAUGUUACUGGCUUCGACCUUCUCUUCGGAUCUAUCAUUCUACCUGUUGUCGUCAACGACAAGGACGGCAACCCAGUUCCAAAUGCACUCGUUGAAGUGAACUCGACUGCCAACAACGGCUUCACGCAGCGGUUGACUACUGACUCCAAUGGACGAGUAUCCUUCCUCAACCUGCCGCCCGCGACCAUAGGUUUGACUGCCUACACCCCAGACAACGGCAUCGCCGUCGCAGGUGUCUAUGCCGGCGAUGGCCCUGUCACGAUCACCGUUAUCCCUUUCAACACGCCCGCCGAGAAUGCUAACUACGAUUUCUCCAAUGGCCUAGACGGCUGGACUGGUUCAGGGGAUCUGUUCCCAUCAGGGCAGUAUCCACCAUUAAACACCUUCCCUACCUAUUCUCCCUACGACCCUGAGCCUGAACCGGGUCCUUCUGACCUGAACGACACGCUCCUGAAAAGCCGCCAUGUCGGAUCGCCAGCUUCGCGAGCCAUCGCCCUUCGUGAUGGUGGAGGACAGGAUAUGGACCUUCGUGUUUAUACCAGGAAUACGCAGACGCUUCAGACCGCCUCAUCCACCUUCAAGACCUACUCCUUCACCAAAGUCGUCUUCAUCCGCUUCAAAUUCAUCACCAGCGAGGUUCCCGGUGGCUACUUCGGAUCCCGCUUCAACGACUACUUCAUCGUCACCAUCCGCUCUGACGUAGGCGGUAUCAAGACCAAGACUGAAAGCAUGAACUCCCUCGGCCGCGCCGCCUUCGACGACUCCGGUGCGACAGAAUGGAUGGAACUCCGCCUCAGCGUCCCUCACAACUGCCGCUCUGUCCAGUUCGACAUCGGCGUCUCCAACGUCGGCGAUUCCGCCUACCAAUCCGAAGUGAUAGUCGACAAAGCCGGCGAUCUCGACUGCGAAGAAUGCGGCAACUGCCCCCGCUGCAAAUCCGACCCCAUGUGCUCCCCGACCUGCCGCGAGCGCCAACCCGGAACCUGCGCCUUCUACCGCUCCUGCAUGGAAGAAUCACGGCCCUGCGCCGACGACCCCUCCAGCUACGCCCUCAACUACGGCGAGAAGAACUGCCUCGCGUACCGCAACAAGCUAGCCAGCUUCUCGCCACGCGGCCAGAGCUUCGUGCUGGGCACCAUGAUGUGUCUGCAGGAUGCGCUGCGGCCGCGCAGUGCGCGAGUCUGCGGCAGAUUGCGUUUGAUUCGCACCCCGGGUGUUAUGUGGAUAAUGGGUUUUGUUAUUUGA